AUGGAGGUAAUGGAAGAAGGAAAUCUUAUGGACCGAGUUCCUAUAUUGUUGCAGCGUGAUUUGCAAUAUUAUCAGACGCAUCAAAGCGUUCUUCAAGAACCUAUUUGUCCUGGAGUUGUUGGUGGUAAAUUAGAUUUUCCAAGAUUUGCAUCUUUCGCAGCUAUUAAAAUGGUGUUAUGGUGGGAAGAUGAAUAUUAUGCUUCAUAUCGAAAAUAUUCCGGUCUUUUGCAUACAGAAAAAGAACUUGAUAACCAUGACCCUACUUCCGUGACCGUUAAGAAUUCUGAUCCAGAAAAAUUUGUGAGCCUGGUAACAAAAUCUGCUGAUUUACUGUUGGAACAUUUACAUGUCCUAUCACAAGAAUCAUUGGAUCAUGCUGAUUUAUCAGUAUUAACAGCUACGAUUGGUGCAUCGGCAUUAAUUAGAAAUUGUUUGGACAUAUAUUUGCAAGUAUCUACAACUAAAUAUUGUCCGCCAAAGGGAGAUGAGAAAGGUGGUGCAUUAAAGCUGACAUUAAAGCAAUACUCGCAAAUGUCAGAAGCACUCGCAGAACGCUUAUUGGAUUUACACUGCCGCCUCUUGUUGCUUUAUAUUGUGCAAGAUGCAGAUUGUUUAAACUGGGAGGACACGGAACCAUUUUUCGAAUCGGAACGUGGCUCUUAUACGGUGCAAAUGUGGUGGCAUUAUAUGCGGGGCACAAAUGAUGAUUUAUGGAAUUCCGUGCCACCAAAAAUGGCGCAACGCAUAUUUGCGGGCAUGUUGAAUGAAACUUUAAGUAUCCUCACUAUAAGGUAUUCGCAAAUUGUGACCAGUAAUGCCAGAGCGCAAUUGCAUUUGGUAGACAUAACAAAUUUAUUGUUUUGUGUUGCUGAAUUAUUACCACAUAUAUGUGAAAGUGGUGAGGCUUAUGUGGGACUUCAGUUAACAAACCAAAGUGUCAUCAUCCGUGAUAUACAUGCGAAAUGUAGAGAACUUUUUUACUGCCUGCUUCUACGCGGUGCGCCACUUGGAGUGCUCUCAAAGGUUUUCCGUAAGGGUCUAGAAAAUAUGGAAAUGUUUUCUUCACGGCAAGGUUUACCAAGUGCUUGGAUAAUCUUUGCUUUACCACGAUUUUUUCCGAAAGAUCAAUCAUGUCAAUGGGUAUCAGACUUUUCGGACUUAAAUACCAAUACCGCAAUUUCUCUGGAAUUAAAAGUGCUACUUUCUUUUCCUGAAGCAGAUUGGUCAUUUUUAGUAAAGGUUUUAUUAAUGCGGGAUGCAAAUUUAACAGGAAUUAUUUUACGGCAUUUAUUAAAAUAUCUGCCAGCAUCAGAAAAUUUUAAAAAUGUAGCUAAACAUUCUUUUACUGAGCAUGGAAGUGAACCGCAAAAAUGUAAGGCAUUUUUAUGCCGUAGUGAAUGUUUUAAUGUAUCUGAUCUGAUUGGUGAUGAUUUGGAUCCAGUCGGUCAAUCGAACUAUCAAAUUGUUUUAUCGUUAACAUAUAUAUUGAUCGCAGUGGGUAAGGCUCUUGAUAUAAAAGCUUGUCUAGUUAAGGUAUUGGAAGAAAUUGCUUCAAGUGGUUGGAGUGACUGCUUAGAUAAACGUCAAGUUUGGAAUCAAAAGCGUCCACCUUGGUUAGAAGCUAUUAUGCAUUUUGUAUAUCCGGUAUUGGACUGUGUAGUUGAUAUGUUAAUAAAUGCCGUUGAAGCAGGUGCAAGCAUGUAUCAGGCAAUGUCUUUAGCACUUACUUGUGUUUCCGAAAUGUGGGACUGUAUACCAGAGGGUCUUUACAAAAUCACAUCAUUAUUACAAGAUAUAAUACCAGUUUCUACAAAACCACUAGGUGAUUCUGUGUUAUUACAAUCAGUAUUUGCUGCUUUGUAUACAGAGCUUAUCAAAUCUGCAGAAUCAUAUGAAAAGGAGAAAAACGAUGCAAAAUCAUCGAUUUGUUACUCACUUUCUGAAGCUAUUUCUUUGCCAACCUAUUUAGCUUCACUCGCUACAGAUGUCUCUUCAGCGAAUUCUUUGUCAUCUAUAUUUACACUGCUCGCCACAAUAGCCUCACACAGCUUUACCUGCAACUCCACCUUAGUACCACCUGUGAGUCCGAAAUACACACCACCAAUUGAAUUCGUGGAUGAAGCUGCUUUAAGUCCUCCCGAUGGUUACAAGGACAAUGGGCUGAAAAACACUUUAGGUGGGGUUUUGAGCAGUCAUAUUUUUGGUGCGCAGCACAUUCAACAACUGCAAGUAAUCCAACGUUUACAGCAGCAGCGUGCUGUAAUGUUUGCUGCUCGAAGUACAAAUCAAAUAUCUUCAUCAUCUGCUGUAUUAACUAGUCACCAAAGUCGAAACGCAGAUAAUACCUCACCGCCUAGUAAUGUCGCAAUGGGAGCUAUCCAAAAACCGCAACAGCACUCCCCUGAUGCAAAUUCACAGGGAAUUUGCACAGAAUGCGCAGAAUGUGCUGAAUGUGCCGCCAAGCAAUUGCAAAGUACAGGGUGGAUAGUUGCAGGCAAAGCAGAAGAAUGUUUAGCGCCUAGUCAUAAAAUAAAUAAUAUGCUGAUCAAUCACAACCAUUACGAGAAUGAAAACUUGAGUCAAUUGGUUGAAAAAUUCUGGAAAAUAGAACUAAAUCAAAUUUUUUUAACCGAAAAAGAAGAGGAAUGCGAGAAAAUUUUCCAUGAAUCAAUUUGCAGAGAUACAUCUGGCCGAUUUAUUACGAAAAUUCCAUUAAAAACAACAGUGAGUGAUUUGGGUGGUUCCUAUAAUGCUUCUAAACAACGGUUGCUGUCACUAGAGCGUAGGCUGAGUAGAGAUCGCUCUACACGAGACGCUAACAACGUAUUUAUGGAUGAGUACCACUCUUUAAGUCACAUGACGAUCGUUGAAGAAGCUGAUAUGGAUAAGAUAAAAUAUUUUGCACCGCAUCAGUAUGUGCUACGACCAGACUCCACGAGUACGAAACUUCGAGUUGUGUUCGAUUGUAGCUGUAAAACUUAA